AUAUAAUAAAUCCUGAGGCAAUAGAACGUGUUGAGAUAAGCAAGGCACAGGAUGCGACGGCAACUCAAGUCAGCAUCAAUUGUAAUAUCAUAGAAGUUACAACAAAAAAAUCGAAUCGUAAACAAAAAUUGCUUAGUGACAUCAUUGAAUGGAUUCGAAAUCGUGGUGGAGGAUGGUCUACUCAGUUAUAUGCUAAUACACAAGGAAAACAAUUUGUUACUAGUUUGACUGAAGUUAUUUGGUAUAUUGAUAUGUGUGAUCACCAGAAAUUCGAAGAUCAUA